CGUCCCAUGACGUUGGCAUUCCACAUCAGUUGAAUAUCUCUAAAGUCUGAAACAUAGGCACACCCUAGUCUCCGGGUGGGUCUGGGUCUUACCAACAAUGACUUACCAAUGGAAACAGAGUUUACUGAUUUCAUUAGCAUUAGUUACUAUUGGCCUAAAUUAAAUUUCGUUCCCAGGACUAUAUGAUAGUAUAUGAAGUGCCCUUUAAUUUAGUUCUCAACUAAAUUGGAAAAUUGUCAGUAGUCUGACUAUAAGAAGAUUACGACCACCUGUAGAACGGCAAAAAAAUGGUUAUACUGUUGCCAUAAAACUACGCGCGUAUUACGAUUAGCCGUAUCCAGACUAAUUCCUCUUGGAGUUCCUUGCAUGCGAAAACAAUAAUUUUAACACGAAGUAGAUCAUAACGUGACUAAAUCCUCAGGCUGCAUGGGUACGCCACAGUCGACAGUGUUGCCGUUGGCACUGCAUGUAGUGCAUGACUGGUUGAUCAUGUAACAACAACCUGCUACUGCUACUUGACUCAAAUACUAAACACGUUUAGCCUAUAGAUAUUAUGUAAGAGCUAAGCUUACUGGACGUAUUUAAAGUUAUGGCAAAAUUUGUAUUGUUCGUAACUGUUUUAGUAGGUUAUUUUAUAUUUAGUAAAGUACAAUGUUACUCAAAUUUAGAAUUAUUGGAGAAACAAAAGCCGGGAGAAAAGCCUUUUGUCGGACAUAAAGUUAUUCGAACAUUUCCUAAGACAAAAGCUGAUAUUGAUUUUAUUAAUUCAUUGGAGGAAAAUCCAGACAUCGAGGUGGAUUUCUGGUCGAGAAGUAGAAACAUCGACAUCCAUGUGACGCCAGAGGACUAUACAAAACUGGAUGCAUAUUUAAACCGUUGGAAUAUUAAUUAUGAUAUAAUAAAUAACGAUCUACAAAAAAGUUUCGAAGAAGAGGAAAAAGGACACUAUCGUCACUGCCAUAGUUGGCAUCGCUCUUAUCAUAACUUUGAAGAGAUCAUUCAAAAGAUGAGCGAUUUGAGUCCUCUUAGUAAAGGUCGAGCUACGUUGCUGAAUAUUGGAUUGUCUGCAGAAGGGAGGAACAUCCGUGGUUUAGAGAUAACAGGCAAUAAGUUAAAUAUGAAUAAGCAGAAAAUUGUCGUCAUUUGUGGUCAACAUGCAAGAGAAUGGAUAUCACCUGCUACAUGUGUUUACAUCAUGGAAAAUAUGAUCCUUAACUAUGGGAAAGAUUCUAAAAUAACAGGAAUGUUAAAUAGGUUUAACUGGGUUUUCUUUCCUGUAGUCAACCCCGAUGGUUAUGUCUACACUUGGAAAAAAGAUCGUCUUUGGAGGAAAAAUCGCCAAUCAAAUAAUGAUAAAUCUGGAUGUCAUGGAACAGACCUCAAUAGAAACUGGGGUUAUCACUUUGCAGGUUCCGGUUCAAGCAACAAUACAUGUAGCGACAUAUAUCAUGGCAAAUCCGCUUUCUCAGCCCCGGAAGUGAUGGCCGUGGCUAAUUACAUCAAAGCAAAUCGUGACCAUGUCUUCGGCUUUCUAGACAUACAUUCUUAUAGUCAAUUGUUGAUGUAUCCUUGGAGUUACAGCAAAGACGUGAUAUCUAAGGAUAAGGAAGAGUUGCAUGACAUAUCAUUGAAGGCUGCUGAUGCAAUAAAAAGUUUAUACGGGACUACGUUUGAAACAGGACCAGCCGCUGCAGUUAUAUAUGAGGCAGCUGGGAGCGGUAAAGAUUGGGUUUACGGUUCAAUGGGAGUAAAAUUCGCUUUUGUAUUUGAACUAAGAGAUAAGGGUAAACAUGGAUUUCUACUUCCAGCGAGUAACAUCAUUCCAACAGCAAAAGAAACGAUUGCAGCAUUUCAUAGUAUGUCAACGAACAUGAAGGAUUAUGAAAAUAAAAGCACCAAUUACUGACGAACUGGUUCUGGAAAAGGCCGUUCCUAGACGCUUUAUUAGUAGCAGUGGUGGUGGUGGUGGGGGGGAGUGAAUAAUGAAGUAUGUUUAUGUUCACAUGCCGUAAACUGAACUAAUCAGUCAGGUAUACGAGAAAUUUGUGAACGUAGGAUUAUAUGUAAGAAUAUCAAAAAUUUAGUGUUUGUCCAGCUGGAUUCUGGAACGUUUUCUUGUAGUAUUUCAAAAACAUUAGUUCUCUUUAAAAGCUAUAGUGUGCUUUACAUUAGAUGAUUAUUUCUUUGAAAUAUUAUUGAUGGUAAAAUUAAUUAUUCAGAUUGAA